AAAGUCAAAUUGGCUUCCAGCCAACCAACUCCCUCCCUUUCACCGCACUGAACUCCCACCCAUCUACAAACUCCAACCUUUCCUCACAAAUGCUCGACUCUCCCCCCCAUCAUCUCCCCCAUCACUUUGGUAGAAGACUAACAAGCACCGUAACUCGCGCAAUCGCCGCCACCUAGCUAAGCACACCACCGUUUCGCUUCAGAGCUGAGAUUUGGACGGAAAUGGGGAACGGCAAACACGGGAUGGCUUUCAAUCACGUACAGAGCAGGCUGGGCUAUGGGCAAAAAAGAAUGGGCGAAAAAACCGCGACGUCGCGAACUCUACACGGUCUAUCGCCGCACGGGUGCCACGGUGGCCAUUGAGUCGGACAACAGCCGGGAUGCGCUCUUCAGAGCCGCCAUCAACACCGCAUUCAAUGCCGCUGCUGGAACCUCUACUGCUUUCCUGUCUCCCACGGACAUCCCUCUCUUCCUCGCCUCCCUAGCUGCUGCCAUCCGCAUCCCCAGCCCUCGAGCGCUCACAAUGGUGCUGGCCGCGCUGGCUGCUCGCACGCGCUCCUCCUUCCUGCAGGCCUGGGCCCUGGUGAAGCAGAACCGCCGCAGCGAGGCUGAGGAGGAGCUUCAAGGCCUGGGCAGCAUUGCAGCCACUGUACCCCCUCCUGCCAACUCGGCGGAGAUGGAGAUGGUGGCGGCGGGGCUGUCGCAGCGGAUAAGCCACGGGGAGAGGGAGGAGCUGCUGUGGGUAUACUGCCGGGCGGGAGGGAAGGAGACCCGGGAUGUCAUGGCGCGUGCCCUUGGCUUGUAGCUGUCGUCCCAAUGCCCAUGCCUCCCUGGUUGAGGUGAAAAGCCACUGGGAGAGGGAGGAGCUGCUGUGGGUAUACUGCCGGGCGGGAGGGAAGGAGACCCGGGAUGUCAUGGCGCGUGCCCUUGGCUUGUAGCUGUCGUCCCAAUGCCCAUGCCUCCCUGGUUGAGGUGAAAAGCCACUGGGAGAGGGAGGAGCUGCUGUGGGUGUACUGCAGAGCGGGGGGCAGGAACAUGAGAUGCCAUGGCACGCGCUUUUGUCCUGUAGGCAUGUUUGCUCAUGCAUGCGUGUAGUGUUCUCAAGGGCUUGCCAGUACAUGUUACAAACGCCUGGCAAUUCAGAUGCAGCUGUAGCUUUCCCCGCUUGCUGUAAACACAACUGCAGGCCCCAGCUGCUCACAGAAGGAAUUGGUGGGGAUAGCCGUGCCUUGCCUUGCCAUGCCACACCACCAUGGAUAGCCGUACCUUGCCAUGCCACAACAUAGAUAGCCAUGCCUUGCCUGGACCCACACUUUCCGCAACCAUGUUGUGAUUCUCAACUCCCCAGUAUGGUUGAAGAAUUCCGUAGC